UAUGGAAGUCAAUAGGUACUGUCAACUGUGUGCUUACCAUCAUGUAAAUAUGUUCCUAGAUUUUAACUUUUACAUGAAAAUAAAUCAUAUGGUAACUUGAAACCUGCAAGCACAGCAGUUUUGAAACUUUAAGCAAAAGUUUUGCGGUCAAGUUGGCAUGAGCUGAAAAUAAGUUCAUAACACUCGAGGAUGUCAACGUGACCAGCAGAUGCCCGAGGGUUUAAAACAAGAGCGAAGAUUGAUCCAGCCAUCAGUCCACACUGCACUGAAUCCAAAACACACGCUUAUGUUUAAUGGUAAGCUCAACUUUUGAUCUCCGAAAAUCAUUUAAAUGUUUGCUAGAAAAGUGCAUAUGCAGCAUUUUUGUAUGUUGAUAACAAUUUUUAUAUUUUCAUUAGCUGGUAACCGAAUUUUUCAUGUAUCCAACAACCUCUCCGUGUUUGACUCUGACUGUACUCCUGACCUCUGUUACGUGGACAUCUACACUUACAGGUUGUCCUCGACAGAUCAACUUCACAUCAGAAUCCUCUGCUCUGGAAUCUUUGGAGUGUCGUAAUGACUACCGUACUCAUAUCCGCUGUAGCUGGAAGGAAAAUCCCCAUAUUCCCCUCUCUCUGUUUCACAUGGACCCGGACAACAAUAGAGUUGCUCCCUGUGUCCUGACUCCCGACUCUUCCCAGAAUUCCACUGGGCAUGAGAGAGUGUUUUGUCUUUAUAACACAUCUCUGUUUGCCAUUGGCUUUGAUGAUGUGUUUUUCUUCCAUACGCCACAUUAUCCUGCCAUCUCCAGAACCUUCAAACUCACAAAACACAAUGACACAAAGUGGAUUUUUAAGCAGCUGGACGAUAUAUCAUCUCCCAUGUAUUUAAGUGCUGUGAAGUCUCUUCUGACUGACGACCCCAUCAGACACCAUGACCAACAACAAACGGAAGUAGACAUUAAUCGUGAAGCAGAAGAGAAGCGAGAGAUGAAAAUUCACACUGGAUCAACAUGGAAAGACAAGGAAGACGUAAACAUGAUUGAAACGGAGGGAAGUGGGAUGUUGUUUGACAGACCAACACAAAUAUCUGACUAUGAGCUUCCUGGUCCAUCUAACUUUUACUGUGCAUACAGUGACGAGAAGAUUUUGAGCUGUAGCUGGGAAUUAACAACCGAUCUGACACAAUACAUCACUUACACGCUGUCUUACAAAACACACUCCAGUGCACUGACCGAGUGGCGAUGUGUGGAAAAGGUGGAGGUCAUGAAUACAGGAAGUCUGUUGAGAAUGGUCGGUCUUAUCGACAUCUUUGAACCUGGAGUACUGCGCGUGCAACUCACACCGACACCAGUAACCAGAGUCAUCCGCGCUUAUGAACACAUUCAGCCUUCGCGUCCCACACGUCUGAGUGUUGAUCUCCGAGGAGAGGAUUGGAUCCUAAACUGGACGCUGCCGAAAUAUCGUACUAUACCUCUUUCAUCUGAGCUCCAGUAUUGGCGUAUACUAACUCCUGAGGAUGUAAAAAUCAUCUCUCUUUCUGAUCCCGUGAUGGUAUUUUCAAUACCAGAACGUUCCCUCAUGGGUUCCUCAGAGUACCGGGCUCGGGUUCGGUGCAGUGUGAGCGCACGCAGACGUUCGGGACAGCGUUACGCUGGAUAUCCCUCAGACUGGACCGAUCCUGUCACCUGGACCACCCAGUCCGAGUCUUUUGCACCUCGUCUGGUUGCGUGUCUUCUGUAUUUCCUCAUCGCGAUGCUCUCGGUUGCCUUUUCCAUUUUGGUUUUCUUCAUUCUGGUGGUCAUGCAGAGAAGGCUUAGAUACUGGAGCGCAUCUCUUCCAUCUCCUGUUCACAGCAAAGUCUCUGAGGUGAGACAGCAUCCACAAAGCAGUCUCCUGGCGAGCUGUAGAGAACUAAAGGAUCCAGAUAUCACCAGCGCUCAGAUUGUUGAAGUUCAACCUCAGUUCUCCUCAAUUGACUCUGCAAUAGCUGAUGGCAGCAAACACUGGAGUCAAACCACCGUUUUACAUGUUGGCGAUUCACGUCUUUGUACUUUUGGGAAUGUUAUUGGAAUAAACCUCACGCAGUUUGACAAUGCACUCCCAACUCACGCCUUCAGUCUCAGCGACGCAGUUCUCCAAUGUUCAGAGGGUUACAUGCAGAAUCCUGACAUUACCCAGAAUGCUUUGCAGGAGGCUUGCCACCUGAAUGACAGCUCUGCUCCACUCGUUCAUAGUGUGGUUACAGUGUCGUGUGAGCUGCAGACUGCGAGCAGAUUGGAUUUAAUUUGGCGCUACGCAGACCGCUUGGUGAUGAUGUCAAAGUACCGCGAGAGCGAUUAG